CAAGAUCUUAUCACCAGCCAGAUUAAAAGUUUAACCGUAGGAGUACGAACGGAAAACCAUUUGUCUCUUCAGGAAUCAUUUCGAAAAUGCAAAAAGGUUGAAAAAUUAAAUUUGUGGCAUAAACAGCCUGACUCUAGUCAAUUAUACGAAAGUAUGGCAGAUAGUACCAAAGAAAUGCCUUUGAAAGAAUUGGGUAUAUUUAUUUUGAAUCCUGUUCUUUAUAGAGCACUUCUUUCAUUUUUGGCUAAACGAAAGAUGAAGCUUAAAAAGCUUUUAUUUCUUCACGAGAUAGAUUAUUUGAGCGAAAAAACAAUGUCGACCUUGCAACGUUUUGUCGAAGAGGUCAAAGCAUUAGCCGAUUUCCACCAAAUGUCGAACUUCAAAAAGUAAUGGAGCAGCAUUAUGGUUUUUCAAAUUUCGAACCGCCGGACGUUUCGCCUUUUUAUUAAUAUCUUUCAUCCCAAGAAAUUGAAAUUCAAAAGUUUAUCGUUUUUGCUUUCAUCCAAGUUGCUAAAUGUAC